UAUGAUAUGCCAACUGAGUCCACCAUAAAGUGAGUGAAUGAUGUUGAGCUUGCACGCGCUUACGUGAUCACACAGUGGGGCACUGAAUUUCGAUCGAAUGUGCAUUGCCUUUCGCGAACUUUGAGCGCGGCGACCCCACCACCCAACAACCCACACACACACAACCAUGGCGCCUUCCUACGAGAACCUCCCCAUGGAGGAUGACGAAUUCGAUGAGUCCCAAAUCGACUUUACCGACAUCGAGGAACAGUUCCAAGUGCGCCUCGACGAGGGCCUCGACGCAUUUGUCGUCAUUGAUGGCCUGCCGACGGUGCCCGAGGACAGCAAGGCCAAGCUGGUCAAGUUCGUGCUGAGGAAGCUGAACACAGUCGGAAAGGUCAAGGAGGACGGCGUGCACAUGCCUGUUGGCGAGAACGGCAAGACUGAGGGAUAUGCCUUUGUUGAGUACAGUGCGCCCGCCGAGGCUGUUGCCGCUGUCAAGCAGCUCCACGGAACCGCGCUCGACAAGAAGCACGUCAUGGCCGUCAACAAGCUCACCGACAUCGACCGCUACGGAAAGGAGGGCCGCAUCGACGAGGAGUACCACGAGCCUGAGAUCCCGCCGUUCGAGGAGAAGGAACAUCUGCGCUGGUGGCUGGGCGACACGGAGAGCCGUGACCAGAUCGCCAUGUACCGCGGCGAGAAGGUCGGCGUCUUCUGGAACGACAAGGACGAGCAGCCCGAGGUGGUCGUGGACCGCGAGAACUGGACAGAGUCGUUUGUGCAGUGGUCGCCGCGGGGAACCUACCUCACCUCGAUGCACGCCCAGGGUGUGCAGCUGUGGGGUGGCAAGGCGUGGAGCAGGCAGAAGCGGUUUGCGCAUCCGGGCGUCAACCUGGUCGACUACUCGCCCAACGAGAACUACCUCACCACAUGGUCGCACCGCCCGCUUGUUGUCGACGAGAACAACCCCGUCCCCUCGCUCUCUGUUGAUGACGACGGCAAGAACUACAUCAUCUGGGACCUUGCGACUGGCAAGCCCCUGCGUUCUUUCGCCACCAUCGACGUCCCCAGCGGUAUCGAUGCUGACGGUAACCCCGUCAAGAAGAAGAUGCAGUGGCCGACGUUCAAGUGGUCGUCUGACGACACGUACGUUGCCCGUAUGACGCAGGGCCAGUCCAUCUCCAUCUACGAGCUGCCCAAGAUGAACCUGCUCGACAAGACCUCCAUCAAGAUCGAGGGUGUCAUGGACUUUGAGUGGGCGCCUGCUACUCCCCGACGUGACGGCAUCAAGACAUACGAGCAGCUGUUUUGCUACUGGACUCCUGAGCUCGGCAGCAACCCCGCCAAGGUCGGUCUCAUGUCCGUUCCCUCCAAGGAGAUUGUCCGUACCCGAAAUCUGUUCAACGUCUCAGACGCCAAGCUGCACUGGCAAUCCGAGGCCGCCUAUGUUUGCGUCAAGGUCGACCGCCACUCCAAGUCCAAGAAGUCGCUUGCCACGAACCUGGAGAUCUUCCGAGUCCGCGAGAAGGGUGUACCCGUCGAGGUCGUCGAUGGGAUCAAGGAUGCCGUCAUCAACUUUGCGUGGGAACCCAAGGGUAACCGCUUCGUCCUCAUCACCACGGGUGAAGUCGUUGUCCAGGCCGCCGUACCGCCAAAGACUGCCGUUUCCUUCUUCGCCCCGGAGAAGCUCAAGGGAGGUGCUCCCGGUAACUUCCGCCACAUCCGCACCGUCGACAAGAAGAACAGCAACGCUAUCUACUGGUCUCCCAAGGGCCGCUUCGUCGUCGUAGCUACCCUCCAGUCGCAACAGUCCUUCGAGCUCGACUUCUGGGAUCUCAGCUUCGAGAAGCCCAAGGACGAGACUGAGAAGGGCGAGAAGGAGCUCAACGCCAGCCUGCAGCUCAUGGACACGGCUGAGCACUACGGUGUUACAGACAUUGAGUGGGACCCCACAGGUCGCUACGUCGCCACCGUCGCCAGCGCAUUCCGCCACCGCAUGGAAAACGGCUACCACCUCUACGACUUCCGCGGCCAACUCCUCCGCGAAGAAGGCAUAGAAGGCUUCAAGCAAUUCCUCUGGCGUCCCCGCCCGCCCACCCUCCUCGCAAAGGAAGAACAAGCCGAAAUCCGCAAAAACCUCCGCAACUACUCCAAGGUCUUUGACGAGCAGGACGUCGCGAAGAAGAGCUCGGCGAAUCGCGCGGUUGUUGAGUCUCGUAGAGAGAUGCUGCAGGAGUGGCUGGCUUGGCGAGAGGAGUGGACUCAGAGGCUUAAGGAUGAGGGUGCGGAUAUUGAACUUAGUGCUGCGAGGGGGGAGGAGCCGGGCGCGGCGGAGGAUGGGCAUGGGGAGGAGAUUGAGGAGAUUGUUGAGGAGAUUAUUGAGGAGAGUGAGGAGUAGAUGAGGCAUGAUGAAUGGGAUGAAAUGGGAGAUGUGUUAUGCACUUUUUAUUGUUUUCUUGUUUUGUGGGUGGUGAAGAUGUGAGUUUUGUGUGUGUCUGUUCGAAGACGCGUGAGUAAAGGGUUAUUGACGGGAAGGUGCUGUGUACUUUCUCACUCUCGCUCUCGCUCUUUGUAUGCGUAGAAAGUGUCAGUUAGAUUCAAUCAACUCGCCUUCUUUCCUCCUUUU